GUCCUCGGACCACAACUCGUUAGUGUAAAUGUCCUGUAGAAAAAAUCAAGCAAAAAUAUAUUUUUUUUUUUUUUUUUCAGUUGGUGAUUGAAAAUGUUGCCGCGAGCAAGAAAGCGUUGCAUUCAUUGUUCCAACAACAGUGACAUCAUCAACAGUGACAACAACGAUAGUGAUGAGAAGAAAGCGGUAAAUUACUUUAAAGAAAUCGAUAGGCUUGACUCAUUUUUUAAAGGUAAUAAAACUAUUUGGCCGCAUCAAUAUCCAAAACCGAAUCAUUUAGCAGAGGCCGGCUUCUACUUUUUAAAAGUUUUCGAUAGAACAAAAUGUGUUUUUUGCAAUGUAGUUUUGGAAAAUUGGGAAGUGAGUGAUUAUGCUAUUUUUGAACAUAAAAAAUGGUCACCGAAGUGCGGCUUCAUAAACAAUUAUCUUGUUGGUAAUAUUCGUACAACGUCAACUUUUCAGAAAAACCCAGACUACAAUGAACAAUACGAACGUGAAAAUUCAUUUAUGAAAAUGGAAUGUUUGCCGAAAAAUUUCAAACAGUUAGCAAGUGAGGGAUUUUAUUAUGGUAUUGAUUUUUCAAAUUCGAAUGGAUUUGGUCUUAUUUGCAGUGGUUGUCGUAUGUGGGCAGACACAUCGAUCAAUAAAUACCAAUUGAGGGAUUUACACAUUCAAUCAUCGCCAAAUUGCGAUUUUGUUAAAAAAAGUUGCGAAGCAGAAGAAGAAGAAGAAGAAGAAGAAGAAGAAGAGAAGAAGAAGAAGAAGAAGAAGAAGAUGAUGAUAAAGACAUAACCUAUUAGCAGUGUGUGUGCGUGUGUGAUAAGUAUUCCAGUUUUAAUUAGCAGUUAAGUGUGAAGAACAAUAAAGACAUGCGCCUAGAGUGGGCUAAUCAGUUUUAGGGGACAUUAGAAGAACAUUAUUUGUAUGAUAGAAGUAUUCAGUUGAAAAAACUGAUGGGAUGACAGUGUUUUAAUUAGCAGUUAAGUGUGAAGAACAACAAAGACAUCCACCUAGAGUGAGCUAAUCAGUUUUAGGAGCACAUUAGAAGAACUUUAUUUGUAUGAUAGAAGUAUUCAGUUGAAAAAGACUGAUAACAUUAGUUUGCUAAAUUUGUAUGAGAAGAAAACUGACAACAAACAGAAAACUACUGUUGGAUUAGAAGAAUGUAUUUCAAGUGAGUUUGCUAGUUGAGUAAAUGGAAAAUAAACUUACAUUGGUUCCGCUGUUGUUUGGCGCUGUCAUAGGCGAGGAUUGAUCUGCUGACAUCGUCGUAGUGUUGUUGGAGUUUCAAACUGAUACUAACAGAAGGACGCAGUUUUUCGUCAUUAUAUAUUAUCAACUUGAUGAAUAUAGAUGGUAAGAAGUUCAAAGAAAGUAUAUCUGUUUUGUGCAUAUGUUGUAUGCGAAAUUUAGUACAGAUGUGCGGAACACUGAUAAGGAAACGUUUGCAAAUUUCUUAAGGAACGGUCAAAAUGUGUGCACCUUGCAUGUCUCUGUAACGGACUUAACAUCUGCUAGCUGAGUGAAAGAUAUUAAUUUAUUCAUUGUGCAGUGCACAUGCAUACUUAUAUAAUUAUUGCAACCCCCACAUGUUCUGCGUGAUAACAAACUGACAGUUGAUGGUACCGAGCGGCUCAAAAUUAUAAAAGCAUCGAGCGACAUGAUAUUGCUUGCAUUCGAUUAUAGUGUGACGUUUCAUGCACAGUGCAAAUGGACAAGCAACAAUCCGAUAAAGCAGCAGCUGCAACAAGCGAAGAAGCAGUCACACCAACAAACAACACCCUGGUUGAGUCGAUAGCGCACGACAAGGAGGUGGAGGUGGAAAUGGCAAGUGAGGAAUGGUGCGUGGUUGACAGCAGCGAAUCGCCGCCGGCAAAACGUGUGCACUUUUCCACAGCGUGCGAUACGCCAAAACGUGGCGGUCGGGGCCACGGCAUUUAUUUUGCCGAUCAACGACGCGUCAUCGCUCAGGGCAGAGGCCGCCAAAUUGAUGUGGCUGGUGUGAGCGCGGACUCAUCAUUGCAACAGUCCAGUCGCAAUAGUGGUCAGCAAGCUGAAGCAUCAUCAUCAUCACUGAUUCUGCUAGACGUGACAAACUCAUCGCAACCGAGGAUCGUGAACGCUACUGCUACUAACAUCGACAACGAAGUUGAAAACAUUGACCCGCAGGAAACAAGCUCUUCAAAGCGGUAAGACGGCAAAAACCUAUUAUUACUAAUACUACUAC